AUGCUUGCGUCAACGUAUAUGGACGACUCCAUGGAUUCUGCUAUGGAUGACGUCGAAGGCGUAAUGCUGUACGAGCAGUUGUCGGAAUGCUGGCAGGGAGCUGACAUGCAUGCCCGAAAAUGGCUCUCGAACUCCAAAGUAGUCAUGGAGAAAGUGCCCAAGGAGGAUCGAGCAAGCCAGAUCGACCUCGACUCUCCGCAGUUGCCAAGCGUCAAGACACUUGGACUGCUGUGGUCGGCCACGACCGACACCUUUGCGUUCAAGCCAACAGCACCAGGCCAGCAGCGCAUCACCAAGCGCUCAUUCUUGAGUGCGACAGCUAGUGUCUUCGACCCGCUGGGGUUCGUCUCCCCGUUCAUCAUGAAGUCACGCAUGUUGGUGCAGGACAUGUGGCUACAAGGCAUGGACUGGGAUGACCCGCUCCCUGAUGAGCUCAAUCAACGCGUAACCGGAUGGUAUACUGAUCUAGCAGCGCUCUCCCGUCUCAGCAUCCAGCGCUGUCUGCAAGAAGUUAAUGCAGGCAACCCCGUCAGUAAGCAGAUUCAUGUGUUCGCUGACGCGUCUGAAGGCGCCUACGGCGCUGUGAGCUAUCUGCGCUGCACGUAUGAAGACGGCCAUGUGUCGACCGCUAUCAUCGCAAGUAGAUCCCGUGUCGCUCCCACCGUAACUGUUUCAAUUCCCAGGCUAGAGUUGUCAGCUGCUGUAAUUGGCAUGGAACUAGCAGUUUGGGCAUCUGACAUCCUCAGUCUACCGGUCCACGACACUGUCAUCUGGACAGACAGCCUCAACGUCCUGUACUGGGUUCGGAACCGUGCGCGGAACUUCAAGCCAUUCGUUGCAACGCGAGUAGGUGAGAUCCAGCCACACUAUUCCCAGUCAAUGGCGCCAUGUGCCGACGAAGGAGAAUCCAGCAGAUGUUUUGUCCCGUGGUUCGUCAGCUGCGGCUCUCAUCGAUGA